AUGUCCGAGGUGUUGCCAUACAACGAGGGGAAAAUGAGCGGCUACGGGGCGGACAGCGAGGUCAGUCAGAUGUCCUUUAGCUGCGGACUGCAGGACACAAGCGCCUUUUUCGCUGCGUCGCAGGCGAAAAGACCCCCAAAGCUUGGACAGAUCGGCAGAGCCAAACGAGUGGUCAUCGAGGACGACCGAAUAGAUGAGGUCCUGAAGGGGAUGACAGACAAGUCUUCACCUGGCGUGUAAAACAUGAACAAUGCCUUGCAGACUUAUUUAAUUUAAUGAUCACCGAUUUGAAGCACUUGUCGGCUGUGCAUGUUCGAGGAUUGCGGGAGAAAACGACGGCACGAAGUGAGGCUGUGUAUGAGAAAAGGAAAAGAUGAAAAGGCAAAGA